AUGGCAAGGACAACGGCCACUAUGGAGGAACCCAUUCUGUCGGGGCUGGACCGCCUCGACAUCAUGCUUCGGCAGCUGGAGGAAAUUAAGAGGUGCAAUCACAUCCAUCAAUCCUCACACUCGGCAAAAUUCUCUUGUGAAUCCACACCGUCCAGUGGAACCCUAACCAGCGAUUAUGCGCAGGUAUGGUCGACGGCGUUGUCCGCCGACCACUUCUCUCCCAAGAGCCUAGAGAAGCACUGCUGUCCAAUUCAGAACGUGAUGAUGGAGACAGGUGCCAAGGGGACGCUGAUUGAGAGGCUAGAUCAUGUGGAGGUUGUUUUACAAUAA